UUUUUGGCAUGUCUAUUGGAGGAUUUGUCCAGGAGACCACAGAGAGGGGAUUUUUGUCUUCUAUGGGGCGCAAAGUGCCAAAAAAAAAGAGCUCCGAUAAGAAUACGUCACCAUAGAGUAAAAUGAUUGAGUUAGUGUGGGAGAAAUGAUGAUGGUUUUGGUGUGAAGAAGAGCUUGAGGAAGGGUAAUGAGGCGGAGGAGGAAGGAACCCAGUGGGAGAAAAAGAGGGAAAUUUCAUUUCACUUUCAGUUGCUUCGUGACUCUCUGUGUGGUUUCCAGUUUGAUGCAAAUUUGUCUUUCAACAGAGACAAAAAAAAAGAGUGAAUUUUCCAUUUCUCUUUCAUAUCUUCGUGCACGAAGUCGCUUUUUCUCCUGUUCAAUUUUCGUGAGUGCUUUUCCCAACUCUGGGGAGGAAAAUAGUCCUCUAUUAAUAGUUCUGCAAGUGUUCCACUUUUUUUUCGAGGAUUAUCAGUGUGAAAAAAGUGCCGGAAAGGAUAACAGAAAAAUGGAUAUUUUAACUGUAGACCAACAUGAGGUUAUGAAGGAAUUCCAAGUCAAUCUGGAACAUGAGCUGUGGCCGGAAAUUGAUAAAAACAAUGACGGUUUCAUUGAGCUCAAAGAGUUACGCGAAGCCCUGGAUCAGGUGGGCUUCAAGCUGCCGGGCUACCAGAUUCGUGAGAUGAUCAAUGAGUUCAGUCAGCGUCAGGAGGCACAGACAAAGGGUCGCCUGUCGUAUGACGAAUUUGAGUCACUGUGCAUGGACUUGAAAGCGAAAGAUGUGGGAAGUAAAUUUAAGACGGUUGUGUCCAAGAAGGAAAAUCUAGAGACAUUGGGUGGAAUGUCGAGUAUUUCAGCCGAAGGAACAACACACAGUGUUCGACUGGAGGAACAAUUGGCUUUCUCAGAUUGGAUUAAUUCAAAUUUGGGCCAUGAUCCUGAUCUAAGGCAUCUACUGCCAAUUGAUCAGGAAGGAAAAAUGUUAUAUCUGAAAAUUAAAGAUGGUAUUCUCCUCUGCAAAAUUAUCAAUCAUUCCUGUCCGGAUACCAUUGACGAGAGGGCCAUUAACAAAAAGAACCUGACAGUAUAUACGGAAUUUGAGAAUUUGACACUUGGUUUAGUGUCAGCACAGGCCAUUGGGUGCAACAUUGUCAAUAUUGAUGCUCAUGAUCUGGCCAAGGGAAAGCCACAUCUGGUGCUGGGACUCCUCUGGCAAAUUAUCCGGAUUGGUUUAUUCAGUCAGAUCACCCUUGAUCACUGUCCGGGGCUUGUGGCACUAGUCAAUGAGGGUGAAAAUCUCGAGGACCUCAUGAAGCUGUCCCCAGAGGCCAUUCUUCUGCGCUGGGUGAAUUACCAUCUCGAGAGGGCUGGUGUUCAGAGGCGUUGCACAAAUUUCCAGAGUGACAUUGCCGAUUCUGAAGUUUAUUCGUAUUUGCUGAAGCAGAUUGCUCCCAAUACCUCAGGCGUCACCCUCGAAGCACUCCGGGAGAAUGAUCACCUGCAGCGGGCCGAAGUGAUGCUGCAGCAGGCGGCAAAACUCAACUGUCGCAGCUUUGUGACACCUCAGGAUGUUGUUGGUGGUGUCUACAAGCUCAAUUUGGCCUUUGUGGCCAAUUUGUUUAACAAUCAUCCGGGACUCGAUGAGCCGGAACAGAUUGAGGGAUUGGAAUCAAUUGAGGAAACACGUGAGGAGAAGACAUACCGGAACUGGAUGAAUUCAAUGGGAGUGGCACCACAUGUGAAUUGGCUUUACUCUGAUUUGGCCGAUGGUCUAGUCAUCUUUCAGCUCUUUGACAUCAUUAAGCCGGGAAUUGUUAAUUGGAAUCGGGUGCACAAGAAAUUCACGCCACUCAGGAAGUUUAUGGAGAAGCUGGAGAAUUGCAAUUAUGCCGUUGAGUUGGGCAAACAACUCAAAUUCUCAUUGGUUGGUGUUGCUGGACAGGAUAUUAGCGAUGGGAAUGCUACGUUAACUCUCGCUCUGAUUUGGCAACUGAUGCGAGCAUACACUUUGUCUAUUCUUUCGCGUUUGGCCAAUACUGGAAAUCCAAUUAUUGAGAGGGAGAUUGUUCAAUGGGUGAAUCAGAAGCUGGAGAGCGCUGGCAAGAGUACAAGUCUCAAGAGUUUCCAGGACACGAGGAUUUCAGAUGGAAUAGUUGUCAUAGAUCUCAUUGAUUCCAUCAAGAAGGGAAGCAUCAAUUAUGAUUUGGUGAAGCAAGGAGGAACUGAAGAGGACAAUUUGGCCAAUGCCAAGUAUGCAGUGUCGAUGGCGAGAAAGAUCGGCGCUAGGGUUUAUGCUCUUCCGGAAGAUAUAACGGAAGUGAAGCCGAAGAUGGUCAUGACAGUUUUCGCUUGCUUGAUGGCGAUGGAUUACAUUCCCAAUAUGGACAGUGUCGAAACCAAUUCCCACUAGAAUAUUUUCAACUCUUCCAAAUUGUCGUACAUAAUUUUUUUUUCGCUUAAGGAAAAAAGAAAAAUCCAUAAUUGUGUAUUUUAGGUGCUUCUCAUGGAGAAAUUUUCAUUGUUUUUCCCCAUAUUUUUUUUUAGUAAGUUCUUUCGACACUAUUUUCUCUGCAUUUUUCUUCAAUGAUCAAUGAGAUGUUUUCUUUUUUGUUGUUAAAAUCUACCCCUUUUUGUAGAAUAUUUCAAAUUGUAUUCCUCAGUUUUUUUUUUUAGAUUUAAGGCGCUAUUCCAUAAUUAUGCUGUAAUUGUUUUAUUUUCAUGUCCAAGUGAUGCAGUAUUUGCAGAUAGAAGCGCGAGAAAUUGUGUGAAGGUUUAUAUAAUUUUACAAAAUAUGUAGAUUAAUAUGCAUAUAAUAAGGAGAAAAAAAAACGAAGAAAAUAAUAAUGACGAAGGGCGUGUCGUCCAACACACACAGAAAGUCCCCAAGAAUUGUAACAUCCACUAUUUUUGCUAAAUUUUUUGUGGGCAAAAAAAAUAAGAGAAAACAAAUCAAAGUCAAAAGUUCUGUGUGCGAUUUUAUCAUGAGAUUGAUGAAGAGCUAGAAAAAAAGUGCCAUCGCAGAGAGGAUGAUUGAGGGAGACAAUUGUGCAAUUAGAAUGGCACUGGACAUUUUUAUAAGGAAUAUAUUUUAUUAUUUAAAUAAAGGAAAAAUAAAAAAAAGGAAAAACAUAUACUAAGCACUAAGCGUAAUAUUUAAAAAAUGAAAUAUUUCACGAGAUAAAACAGUAAUUAACCAUUUUUUUACCAAAAUAAUCAAUACAGUAAUUUAUAAGUAAUAUAACAAUGUAAUUGAAUAAUAAAUUGGUAUGGUUUGCUACUAUUUUAAAUAAUAAUAAUAAUAAGAAAA